UGCUCACACACUCUGACUGUGGCCAGGCCAUGAAGGAUUGUGAAUUCUCUGAGAAAGAAAAUGAGUUUCGGGGCGAGCUGGUGAACCAGCGGUGGACACGAGGCGAGAGGACCAGCAGCCGCUGUCAGGGCUCCCAGAGACUGCAGAGCCGUCGACCAAUCAUGAUGAGUGUAGAGGGUGAUGACAAGCGAACUCGCACUCGGUCCAAGGGAAUCAGAGUUCCUAUUGAGCUCGUAGGACAAGAGCUGAGCUGCCCCACCCCUGGAUGCAAUGGCUCUGGCCAUAUCAGUGGGAGAUAUUCACGACACAGAAGUGUUCUGGGUUGCCCCAUAGCCAGAAAGCGCCGUCUAGAGGAAGCAGAGGCCGAGCAGGAGCAGGAGCAGGAAACAGAGCGGCCUGCCUCCAAGAGGAAGUCCCACCCCCUGAAACUGGCCCUGGACGAGGGCUUCAGCGCAGAAAGCGACGCCAGCAGCGAGGCUGAGGGCGAGGGAGAGAAGGAUGGAGAGAAAGCAGGAGAGACCAAGGAGGUGGAGGAGGAGGAAGAGGAGAGGGAGGCAGCUGUAGAGGAGGAGAGAGAGGAGAUGACAGACCUGACGCAGGACGGACAGACAAAUGGACAGGAGAGACACAGAAAGGAGGAGGAGGAGGAGGAGAGGAUAGAAAAACAGACAUAUCAGAAGGAGGAGAACACAUUUGCAGCUGAUGAAGAGGAGGAGUGUGUGAUCAUCGAGCCUGAGCUCGGACCAGCGCCACUUGCAGCCGAGGAGUGUCAGUCUCCCUCUCAGAGCGCAGAGGAGGUGGCCAACUCUCUCCUCCACCUCGGCCGACUUUCCAACAACAGUGCUCCAACUGUGGCCAUUCAGCAUCCCGUUACUAUGGAGACUGAGGAGGAUGUCACCGUGGCAGCCGAACGGCGUGAAGUAGUAAAGGACGAGCAGGAGGGGGACAUGAAUGAGGGGGAAGAGGAAGAGGAGGAGGUGGCACAUAGAGUUCAAGUAUUGGAAGAGUCAUCUAUUGUGCAGAAGGAGGCAGCUGAAGUGGAGGAAGAGGAGUUGGAGGAGGAGGAUGAGCAAGAAGAGUGCCCAGACAGGAGCAACCACGUGAGCCAGGAGAACCACCAAUAUCUGACUGAAGAUAUCCACCGUGAACAGAUGAAAGGUGGGGAGGAGGAGGAGGAGGAGGAGGAGGAGGAGGAGGAGGAAGAGAUGGCAGCGCCAGCACAGCAGAGGCAGUGCACUCCAGCAGAAGAAGAUGAAGAUGAGGAGAAAGAUGAAGAGGACCACAGGGAGGUGAACCACAUCCUGCCUAUUUCUGAUGUGCCAACUGCCAUCCGUACCAUCACCAGCACCGCAGCAGCUCAGGGAACACACAUCAAGGCUGAAGACCACAGAGCCAGUCCUCUGGAGGACUACAACUCACACAGGGCGAGUCCCCUCGAAAACUACAACACCAAUAGAGCCAGUACACUUGACAAAUAUGACUCUCGUAAUCCUAGUCCGCUUCAAAACUACAAGGCCAGUCCUCCUUUAAGCUACAGCUCCCACAGGGCCAGUCCACUUGAGGAUUACUUUCCUAACAUCAGAGGUGAGAACUAUAAAAUCCACAAAGCCUCGUCCUCAGCCUCUCCCGACAUUAUAGAGGUGACAUCAGAUAAGUCAGACGAGAAAGACUUUGAUGACGUGGAUGGGGACGACGAGCGCGACGACGAAGACAGCCUGUCGCAGCGUUCCACGGUGACGGACGAGUCAGAGAUGUUUGACAUAACCCGAGGGAACCUGGGCCUGCUGGAGCAAGCCAUCGCCCUGAAGGCAGAGCAGGUGAAACCAGCCGGGCCCAGAGAGCUGCUUUGCGCCCCAGAUAUCCACCACCAGCGAUACUUCACCAUGGACGACAGGCCCAAGCACCUGGACAUCAUCCGCAAGAGCUACUUCAGCAAAGAGAGCAGUAGGCCAGAGAAGAGGGAGAUCAAGUGUCCCACCCCGGGGUGUGAUGGGACGGGUCACGUGACCGGUCUUUACCCCCACCACCGCAGCCUGUCAGGCUGUCCGCACAAGGACAGGAUCCCCCCGGAGAUUCUGGCCAUGCAUGAGAAUGUGCUGAAGUGUCCAACUCCUGGCUGCACCGGUCAGGGCCAUGUUAACAGCAACCGUAACACACACCGCAGUCUUUCUGGAUGCCCCAUUGCUGCUGCAGAGAAGCUGUCCAAGGGCCACGAUAAGCAGCUACUCUCUCAGACAGGCAGCGAGCACCUCAAAGGAAGUCCCAACGACAGAGUGUUAAGGCCCAUGUGCUUUGUGAAGCAGCUGGAGGUGCCCCAGUAUGGCAGCUACAGGCCCAACAUGGCACCCGCCACGCCUCGUGCAAACCUGGCCAAGGAGCUGGAGAAGUACUCCAAGGUGUCCUUUGAUUAUGCAAGCUUCGAUGCUCAAGUGUUCGGGAGGCGCAUGCUUGCUCCAAAGAUGCCCACCAGCGAAACCUCACCCAAAGCCUUCAAAACUAAGCCCUCAUUCCCCAAGUCAUCGUCGCCCAGCCUCACUCACCACGGUUACGGAAAGACCUCCUCCUUGGCCUACGACUAUUCCCAUGAUGCAGAGGCUGCUCACAUGGCUGCCACGGCCAUCUUGAAUCUGUCUACACGCUGCUGGGAGAAACCUGAGAACCUCAGCACCAAACCCCAAAACAAGGAAAUGGACAUUGAGGUGGAUGAGAAUGGCACUCUGGACCUGAGUAUGAAGAAGCCCAUUAAACGAGAGGGCAGUCUGUCUGGCACCAGCCCCGGGGUUCGGUCCCCAGACCCUUCUUCCUCCUCGUCUUCCUCGCUCCAUCACGGUGGAAGCAGUGGGAUGACAUCACCAAACUUACACGCCUACAAGCAGGAGGAGUGGGAGGGACCUCUGGAUUACACCAAACCCAACCGCCAAAGGGAGGAGGAAAUGGACGAGAUGGAGCACACAGGCCAGUCGUUCGUCUCGUCCGACCCUGAGGACUGUGACAUGAUGCAGGACUGUCUGGAGGAGAGGAAGUACCCAGGAGAGGUUACAACCCCAAGCUUCAAGGUCAAGUUCCAGCCCAAGGAUAGCAAGAAAGAGCUGCUCUCGUGCCCCACACCUGGUUGUGAUGGCAGUGGUCACAUCACUGGAAACUAUGCAUCCCAUCGCAGUCUGUCUGGGUGUCCUCUCGCUGAUAAGAGCCUUCGGUCCCUCAUGGCGGCCCACACCCCUGAACUCAAAUGCCCCACUCCAGGAUGUGACGGCUCAGGUCACAUCACAGGAAACUACGCCUCCCACAGAAGUAUCUCUGGGUGCCCGCGUGCCAAGAAAAGUGGAAUUAAAACUCCUACCAAGGACAACCAGGAGGACUCCGAGCUUUUAAAAUGCCCGGUGCCAGGCUGCGACAGCCUGGGUCACAUCAGUGGGAAGUACGCCACGCACCGUAGCGCCUACGGGUGUCCGCUGGCGGCCCGCAGACAGAAGGAGGGUCUCCUGAAUGGCACACCCUUCAACUGGAAGGCCUUCAAGACAGAGGGGCCGACUUGUCCCACCCCAGGUUGUGACGGCUCUGGACACGCUAACGGAAGCUUCCUCACACACCGCAGCCUCUCAGGAUGCCCCAGAGCCUUGUACGCCAAGAAGAAGGCCAAGUUCCCCACAGAGGACUACCUGAACACCAAGUUCAGAGCCAGUGAUGUUUUGGACAACGAUGAGGACAUCAAGCAGCUCAACAAAGAGAUUAACGACCUCAACGAAUCCAACAAUGAAAUGGAGGCUGACAUGGUCAACCUGCAGACUCAGAUCUCCUCCAUGGAGAAGAACCUGAAGAGCAUUGAGCACGAGAACAAGGUGAUCGAGGAGCAGAACGAGGCCCUGUUCAUGGAGCUGUCUGGUCUCAGCCGCGCCCUGAUCCGCAGCCUUGCUAAUAUACGCCUGCCACACAUGCAGGAGCCAAUCACCGAGCAGAACUUCGACAGCUACGUGAGCACCCUGACCGACAUGUACACCAACAAGGACUGCUUCCAGAGCCCUGAGAACAAGGCUCUGCUGGAGAGCAUCAACAAAGCUGUGAAGGGCAUCAAAGUCUGAGGCUCGACACACACACACACACACACACACACACACACUCCUGAAGCGCAGGAGCGUGACAGAGGUGGAGAUAGAGGGACGGGGAGAUGGAGAGAUGUUGAAAUACUCUACAAUAUAUUGAAAUAUGAUUCAAAAACAAAAAGGGAAUUCAGGUUAUUUAAAUAAACGGCAACUUAAAAAAGUCAACCCAGGGAGCACUCUGUUAGAAGAAAAGUGACGCGGACCAAAAUCCACACCAUGCUGCUGCUGGGAUUGGGAGGAGGAAACAGAUCCUUCAGUCAGAAUGGAUGGAAAAGAAGAAUAAUGUUACUAGACACUGUAUCUGGGGGUUUUAAUAUGCUGUAUGUUUACCUGUUGUCUCUUUUGUGUCCUUAACUGUUGUUGGAGAGGGUUUCACUGUUGCGCGGUUGAUCCGUUUUCGCGCUUCAACUGAAAGGUGGAGGAACGUGUACACAGGAUUGCUUACAGGAGCUUGGCGACGUGAAGAGGAGGACACAGACGAGUCGAACGUGAAGACUCUCAGUGCUGUCCUGUAGCAUACGCUGUGGCGAGUGUGUGUGUGUUCACUGGCUCCACAAGCUCUCUGAUUCAUGACCACACACACCCCGGCAAUAUGAAGCAUGCACUACACUGAAUUUGUGUUUGCUUUGUGGUGUUACCGUGGCAAAGAUGUCAACAGCGCAAUGUUGACUCAGUUGAAAAAUUCUUCAAGCAAGGUCAUGAGACAGAUCCAGGAACAGUGUAGGUUGUUUAUUUUUCAUGGGGCAGCAGAUAAAUCCUUUUUUUCCUUUUUUUAAAAAAACUGAAAUGAUAAUAGUAAUAGUGUGCACACAUUUCAAAUUCAGUUAGUCAUAUCAAUAGUAUUUAUCAACAUAGGAAUUGCACUUCAUUUCAAUUGAUAGUUUUGUGGUACAAUAAUUAUUGUUAUAUAUGAAUUAUUUAAAGUUGUGAACUUUUAAAUUGUAACUUAUUGUCAUUUAUGUUAUUGAGGUUUAUUUAUUUGAAGCAAUCUAUUUAUUAACUUUGUUUUGUAACACAAAAAAAUGCAUCAACUGAUUAUCAUGGUCAAAGCGAUUUGCAGAUGUCUUACGUCAAUAUUUUAAAAAUCUAUAUAGAUAUUUUGUUUUGAGUACUUUUUAAAAACCUUUUUAAGUGAAGAUGUUUUAUAACUGACAAAAAUCUUUUGAUAAUUUUACAAAAAAAGUUAUUUUUUUGGGUUCUUGUUUUUGUCCUCUUUGUUUAUGUUCUUUCUGUUACUGCUACAUUCAGAAACCCACUGCUGAGGAAAAAAAAGAAAGUAUGUAUUUAUUAUUUAUUUAAUAUGAAAGAAAUUGACUGAUAUGGCUGUAUAUUUAUUUUGUUAUUUAUGUGCGUGAUGUGACGGUUGAGUCUGAGUAGUCUUAAAAAUCCACUGCUAAUAUUUAAAUAAAGAAAAUCGACACAAAUACUGUUUGAUUACUUAGGCUUAUACCGACGUAGACAUACCAGCAGCUGAUUGUAAAGUAAAAAAAAAACCCAACAAAAGCAGUCACUGUUCUGUUGCUAUCUGGUCUCUGUGUGUUUGCUUUUGUCAGGUAAAAGAAAAGCAAGAAAAGUUUCAAAAAAACAAAACGUAGAGUUCAGAAAUGUUACCUCUCCCAUGCGCUUUGUAGCGGCCAGCACUGGCUCACCCAAAACCUCUGUAAUGUACCAUAGAUGCUUAAGUAAUGCUUUUGAUUCUUUUUAUCUUAUUUAUUCUUUUCAUCAGUACAAUGGUACAUAUAUAGAGCUCUAUUCCAGCAGUGGUUUAGGCUGGAUGUAUGGGUCUAAAACACACACACACACAGUGACAUAUCCAACCCUCGAGGAUCCUGUAGGAAGGCCUCCUUUGACAAACUUCUAUCAGAUAAACAUACACACCCUUGUAGCCUUACUCUAGAUUUUAAUUUUUUGAUGCACAAAGUGCCACUAAAAAAAAAAAGGAAAAAAAAGAACUCACUUUCUUUCCUGAUUUUUCGCAUUUCUGCAAUGUAACAAUGUCUGGUCCCGGGAAGACCACGGCAUCAAGAGAGUGGUGAUUGUUUCAGAUGCCUUUAUUUCUCUGCCAAGAUGGCCGUUAGUACACUAUAUAUACACUCUGUAUAAAUAGAUUUUAAAGAUGCUAUAUAUAUGAAUAUAAACAUACAUAUAUUUUUCCAGUGUAAUUGUUGACUUGCUCUUCUUCUUCUCUUGUAUUACCUUAUCAAAGGAUCACUAGCUGUCUAGAAGAGAUGUGAGGGGCGUUAUCAAUAGGAUGCAGUUACACCUUAUGUAAUAUCACUAAGACCUGCUCAACUGUGGCUUUAAACAUACCAUUCAGUCAAGCUGAAGGCAAAGUAGGCGUUGUUGAUGAUACAGUACAAAACUUUGGAAGUGUUUUCAUAGGUUUCCUUUUGUUUUCUUUCCUAUAUUGGUCUGUCCUUGAUCCAGAAAUGUCAAAAACAUCUACUGUAUGUUGUGCUACUGAAUCUAAGAAAUGACUGUCAAUUUGAAACUAGAUGGUUGGCUCUUUGUUCCUAAGUGUCAUGUGAGUUCAUGUAUAGUAAAAAAAAAAAAAAAAAGAUGAUGCCUCUGAAUAAUGUUCUGCACAUAGUGUUUGGCGACAUUGUGCAGUUAUUGUAUUGUUACUGGUCAGGCCUGCUCGCUAUGAGCCCAUUCUCUCUAAUGUUGAAACAAGCAAGUAGGAGACUUUAGUGUAACCUGCCUUUGAGUGAUCUGUUGCAGCUACUGUGGUGUACAGUAUGAUAUCCUUAUGUAACUCUGAUGUCAAAGGCAUGUUGUAAAUGUGCUUUUAGCCAAUGUAGAAUGAAACUCCUUUGUGCACUUUCUGAAUAAUUGUUGAAAAUGCCAGCAUUUGAGUCUCGACUUGUAAGAACCCCAACAGAUCACGAGCAAUAGCAAGUAUUCACCCCCCACUGGAGGGCGCAUUACAAAGCAUUGUCACACCUGUUUGUUGCUGUUCACAUACAAAAACAACCUGUACGUUAUAUCAGAUAGAGACAUCUCUUUGAUUCAGGGGGUUCAGCCCGUGCUGUCAAAGCUCGAAAAUGUAUAAAAAGGAAGAAGUACUUUCUUUUCCAAACAAAAACCAAAAGAGAUUGACAGGAAGCAGAGUUUGGUUCUCAGGUGACCGUGGAGAGCUGCUAAAGCAGAACAGAGCAAUGACAUAGGUCAGCCAGUCAGCUGAGGCUAGAGGCGAUAGCAGCGGCUGGAUCAAGGCCUCGUGUGAAAUGAGAUGAGUGCGUGGGAGUGGGAAAUUGAUUUGCCAGGCUACACAAUCUCCCCUUGUUUAAGGAGGAGGCGUUUGUUGCAUAAAUAUGUGUCCAUCACUCAAGAGAAUGUCAAAGCUUUUUAUGACUUUUAACCCCCCCCCCAAACUCCCUUCUUCAUGUCUUGUGUAACCUUUCCUCAGGAAAGAUAUUUUUAAUGCAUUUAGUUAACAAAGUAGCAUAUUCUUCCUCUCUUGAAAUGCACGAGAAUACUACCCGAGAGUGUUAAGACUGUGAAUAUUCUCCUAACUUAUUUGAUAUGGCAUGACCCCUUUUAAACUGCUUGAUGAAACUGUCUACUGAGGUAUGUAAAUGAAUAACACUGAGGCCAUGAAAGCAUAGCAUUUUCAAAAAAUGUCAGCUGAGAAAGCAAAUGCAGCCUACGGUUGGUUCUGCGCCCACACACUGUAUGUUUUCUUAUUUACAUAAAAGUAUUGAGUCAUGGAGUGAGGAGUUUUAUUCUUCUAAAUAGCAAAGGAAAUUAAAAAACAAACUGGUCCGGGCCCAGUUUCUCUAAAGCACCUGGAAUGAAAAUGAAUUUAACAUGAUGACACUUUCAAGGAAACCAGCCCAGAACAAAAUCCAGCUGUGUGUUUAAGAGGGGGGCGGCACACCUUUGCAUCCCGGUUUCACGUUAGGUACAGCAGACGCGUGCUUGUCAAGAGAAGAAUGGUCACACCGCGUAGAAACUGAUUCAUAAGAAAGAAGUGUCUAGUUGAGUGGCACUUUUCAUCAAGCUGAGCAAAACCAAAAGCCCCCGAUGUAGUUACAAGCUGUGUGGUCUUAUCAUGUGUGCCUUUCUCACUCCACUCAUUUCAAGAUAUGGUGUGUUUACACUUGGCAAACCUGGUUCAAAUACUGUUGAAAACAUUCAGUCUGGAUCUAGAUCUUUAACCAAUACUGGGGGGGGGUUACUAUGUAUAGGGACAUAAAACAAAUGUGUCUUUUACAUGCGGGUGGUGGCCAUUUUGUGACAGAGAUUCAAAACAACAAACUUUUGUUAGGCUAAAGAAACUGUGAUCUCGUUCUGUCGAUUCAGGUACCAAACUGCAUGGACAGUUUCUGUGAAGGAAUCUGAAGAACAUCAUCAUCAUCAUCCCUAGAUAAUGCAUCAGUGUGCAGGGCAUUAUUUUAAAACAAGUGGAAGUCUCUGUACAUAUUUGUAUUAAGAAGAAACAGUGUUAUUGUUGUUGUAUUGAAGACAAGUUGAAAAUGGUAAAAAAAAAAAAAAAAAAGUUUGUGACAUAGAAAAAAAAAUCCACAGCCAAGGGUUGUCCUGCUAGCACAUUUUUACAGAGAUGAGCUAUUUUUACUGGUGAUUUUCUAGGCAUUGAUAUUGAUAUCCUUUUAAAAAAGUACAAAACUUCCAAAAUUACAAGCACUUCCACAACGAUAGAUUGUAUGGUAAUUUUUGUUACUUUUGUAGAUGUGAUCGUUCCUUUGCUACUGCAACAUUUUGUAAAGUGGGACAGGCCUUGGCUGUGUGUCCUCGGGGUCUCAUGUUUUUGUUUUUUUUAUUUUUUGGUUUGGGAAGUAAAACACUGUAGAUGGGCCGAAUUUGUGACUGUGUGUUUGUGUACUUGUGUACAUGUUCCCCUGUUCCUGUGUCAGUGUUAUAAACCAGAGAAGUGAUGUCAGUUAUUGUGGGGGUACGAACCAUUUUAAAUGUUCUCUAUGAAAAACAAAAAUAAAGAAUCAUAGACAAA